GAAACCUGGUAUCGUCAGUUAGGCGAUAAAGUUAAAAAUGAAUUAAGGCAUGAAAGGAGUGAUCCAGUUGUGCUAGCAAGAAAAAGAAAGUCAAUUGAAGGCUCGGAUUUGACAGCUAAGGUGCCAGGAAGCAGCCGAAGGGGAAUAAUAAAUUGGGAACCUCCUGCUGUUGAUGGUGAGGACCUACAUUCUAACAAAGCCCAUGUUCAAUGGAUGCAGAAGGAGUACCGAAAAAAGCACCCAAACAUGGAAGUCGUUAAGCAGAAAAUGCAACUGACUUUCUCCUUCAGAAGAAAGUACAUAAAUGCUGGAAAGUGUUCCCUUAAUGAAAUUGAUGCGAAAUACCCUUUUUUAUUUGAACAUGAUCAGUUGCAAGAUGAGUAUGAAAGAUUGGUGUCUGGCAGUAGUGUUAAAGAUUUGGUUGUUACAAACUUACGUGAGCUUGCACCUAAGAUUUUGAAAGCUGCCAGCAAGAAGAAACUCCCUCAACUUGAAGAACUGGUUCAAGCUUGCGUACAAAAUGAGGAUGAACUGGAUGAGGAGAACAGAUUGACAGAUGAUGAGAAAGUUGUUGUGGCACUUUGUACCUUGCCACACCUUUUGGAAAGGAAAACAAAAAGUAAUCCACAUCCAGAAAAUUUCCUUUAUCAGACAGCAGAAAACCCAGAGGUAUUGUUGAAGAAAGCUGCCAGCCCCAUCAGCCCAUUCAUCAUCUUCGUGGAGGACAGUGAUGGUCACAUAAUGAACAAAAUGUUUGUUGCAGGGGAAAAACAAGUUUGUUUGGAAACAGAUAACAUUUUUUCAGCAGUAUCGUCCCUUUUGUUUUUGUAUUAUGUUUGUAAUUUAGAGUACCCGAAACAGUGUUUUAACACGUUCCUUUUUUUACAACGUACCGUUCUAAAUAUUUUUGACCGGGUAAGAGUGCCAACCAAAGUUUUAUUAUUCUUAAAUGAACUGGAACAGUGAACAUGAAGUAUUAGGCAUAAGUCCAUGUUAUAUAGCUGGUUUGUAAAUUUGUUAUGUACAAUAUAAUAUAAUGUAAUAUAUUCUGUCAUAUAGAAAUAAAUAUGUUUUUACCUUACCACUGCACUAGAAUUAAUUCAUUUCGUGGCACCGGGCCAUUGUUUAGAAGAGCAUUUUUAUUCUUUUGGUGUACUUAUACACCAGAUCGGUGUCUAUAUUACUGAAAGCAUAUUUACACUAAAUAGGCGUAGAAAACCCUUUGGAAGGGUA